UCUGUCGAGUGUCUCCCUUCUGGCUAAGUUGCUUCCAAUUACAACUAUAACGCUCCUGUCUCUUCUGCGCAUGUUCUUGGAGCUCCGGCUCCAUUUUUCGGAGCCCUAGCUCUCUAAGUUUUGUUCCUUCUCCUUCUCCGAAAAGCAAACGCAAAAAAGACAAAAGAUAGCAUUUUGAAAACAAUUUGAUUGCCUUCUCUUCCUUUUUUGGGUUCAGAUCUUAAGGGUUUUGGUUGACGAAAAAUGUCGAAAGCUUGGGGAGGGGCCGGUGCCUGGGCGGCCGAUGCUGAGAGGGCCGAAGCCGAAGAGCGUGAGCAAGCCGAAGAGCGUCAGCAAGCGGCGGCGGCCGCUGCGGCCGGCUCUCAGGGCUUCCCUAGCCUGAAAGAAGCGGUCGCCAAGCCCAAGAAGAAAAAGAUCAGUCUCAUGGAGUUCACGAUGGGCGUUUACACCGAUUCGGGAGGCGACGCGCGCCGGGAUUCGCCGAUGGAGUACAAGGGUUUGACGCCGGACGAGAUGCUUCGGCUUCCUACCGGGCCUAAAGAGCGGUCCGCUGAGGAAAUGCAGUACGGUCGACUCGGCGGGGGCUUCCAAUCGUAUGGCCGGUCUGGCCCACCUUCGAGUCGGACGAGAGAUCGAGAUGGGGAUGGUUCUUGGGGCGGUAAUCGGAGGUCUUACGGUGGAUUUGAUGAUGAUCGGAGGGCUCCACCCCCUAGGGCUUCGGAUUUUGAUCAACCUUCUAGGGCCGAUGAAGUUGAUAACUGGGCAAUGGCAAAGAAACCUCUUCCUUCGCAUUCGGUUGAUCCAGGACGGCCUAGUCGGUACAGUUCGCUUGGUGUUGGUGGCUCUAGGGCUGACGAGGUUGAUAAUUGGGCAAGUGGGAAAAAGUCACUUCCUGCUAGAACUUCCAACAUCGGUCCGGGGUUUCGCGACUCUGGCCAAGAGCCAGAUCGGUGGAAUAGGGGAGGAUUGCGAGAGGGUGAUCGUGAGCGCCCCCGAUUGGUUUUGGAUCCACCAAAGGGAGAAGUGGUGGGCAGCGAACCAGCAAGGUCGAAUAGGCCCAAUCCUUUUGGAGCAGCUCGACCUAGGGAAGAAAUUUUGGCUGAAAAAGGAUUGGAUUGGAAGAAGUUGGAUUCAGAAAUUGAGGCUAAGAAGACAAGUAGGCCAACUAGCUCGCACUCCAGUAGACCUUCGAGUGCACAGUCUAGCCGGUCUGAGGGUCCAAUCAUACAGAGUUUGGAUGGAGCAGCAAAGCCUCGGCCAAAAGUGAACCCUUUUGGAGAUGCCAAGCCUAGGGAGGUUUUGCUUGAAGAGCGAGGUAAGGAUUGGCGGAAGAUUGAUAGGGAAUUGGAGCAUCGAGGUGUUGACAGGCCUCAGACAGAGGAAGAAAAGCUUUUAAAAGAAGAGAUAGAGCUGCUAAAGAAAGAAUUACAGAAUGAGUUGGGUAACAGUGAAGCUGCACUAGCGUCUGGUGGGGCCCAGACCAGUUUACGUGAGGAAAUUGCUAGCAAAGAAAAAGACUUAGAACAGCUGAUCCGCGAUUUGGAUGACAAAGUUCGUUUUGGUCAGAAAGCCAUUGAAAGGCCCGGGUCUGCAGCAGGCAGAGUAGCUGUCUUUCCUGAGAGACCACCCUCUCAGUCUGGAUCAGUUGAGGAGUUCAGAAAUACAGAGUUCAUGGAGAGGCCUCGAUCGCGUGGUACAGGAGAUUUGUGGACAAGACCUGUUGAUGACAGAAGAGCUUUCCAAGGUGGUAGAGAUAGAGGAUUUCUUGGUAACAGAGAUAUGGGCAGGUCUAGAUCGCGGGAAAGAUGGUGAACUUAUGUUGAUGUGGAUUCAUUGGGUUUCCUCUUCAUCUCUUUUAACAGCCAGCAAAGAAUAAUUUUCUCUCCUUACUUUUUGAUUGUUGUCUUGAUUUUCCUCUGAGAAAACGGGGCUAGAAUUAUUGGGAACUGGUACAGGGGACUCUUGCAUUUAUCUAUUGUUAUAUCUUGAAACUUUGUAAAAUUGCAAUUUUUUCUUUUUUCUUUUUUCUUUUUCCUGUGUUGAGGCAGGGAGCCUGUAUUGUUCUUAAGACCCAAUUUUCAAUGAACAUUAUGGGCCUCGGUAGUUCUAUUUUUCUGACA